AUGACUCCUUCUGAUCACCUCCAUGUCAACACACCCCUGAGAGAAAGCGUCCCUCUCUCUAAAUUGGCUGGCACGAAGGUCUACCUCAAACUGGAGUGUGCCCAACCCACAGCUUCUUUUAAGAUACGGGGCAUUGGGAAUUUCUGCAAAACGUGGGUGGAACGAGGAUGCAAGCAUUUCAUCACUUCCUCAGCUGGAAAUGCUGGCCUUGCGGUUGCGUACUCUGCCCGAAUGUUGGGGAUCCCAGCCACCAUUUAUGUCCCUUCCUGUACCCCGGCUUUCACCAUCGAGCGACUGAAGGAAGAAGGCAGCUCUGUGUACGUUGAAGGAGAGAUAUUAGCAGACAGCACAAAAGCAGCUAAAGAGCUGGUGAAGAACAAUCCCGAGUGGGUCUAUGUGCCUCCAUUUGAUGACCCCCUGAUUUGGGAAGGCCACAUGUCUCUGGUCAGGGAGAUGAAAGAGCAGAUGGCCUCCAGGCCUGGCGCCAUAGCCCUCUCUGUGGGAGGAGGGGGCAUGCUAUGCGGAGUGAUCCAAGGCCUGCGAGAAGUGGGCUGGGAUGAUGUGCCGGUGGUUGCCUUGGAAACCAAAGGAGCUCAUAGCCUGAAUGCUGCCUUGGCCGCUGGGAAGCUGGUGACACUUGCUCAAAUUACCAGCGUCGCUACAACUCUGGGGGUGAGCGUCGUGGCAGCGGAGACUCUGAAGCUGGCUCAGGAGCACCCCACUUUGUCGGUGGUGGUCACGGAUCAAGAGGCAGUGGAAGCGGUUGAAAAGUUUGUGGAUGAUGAGAAGAUCCUGGUAGAGCCUGCUUGUGGGGCUGCCUUGGCCAUUGUCUACAGCGGGAUGGUCCAAAAGCUACAAGCAGAAGGCAAGCUGAUGCCCCAGCUGGACUCUCUUGUGGUGAUCGUGUGUGGAGGAAACAAUAUCACACUGGCCCAGUUAAAGCAUCUCAAGGCACAACUCGGCCUCUCGAAAGAUGAGGAGCAGUGGGAUGAUGACGUAGAGGAGAGCCACAUUGCGAUGGCCAUGUGUUCUUCACGAAACAAAGCUUUCCGGGCUUCGUUGCAGAACCACCGACCACCCUGCGCUUAUUAA